AUGCGUGGUACGCGGAAAAUGUUCGCAAGGUCUCACCUGCGUGAAGGAAGCUCACCAAGCGUGGCAAGUGCACUGACAAAGAGUCAGGCCGUGCUUCCAAUAUCGGCAGAACCGCCGUGUCCGAGAUAGGCCAUCGUGCCGUCCCACCAGAUCACCGCCUGUUGGCCCUGCUUUUCCGUGUUUGUGAAGGCCAACGAUAAAACGUUCACAGAUUCAUUCGGUAUCACAUUUCCGCAACUGGCGUGUAUUUUACACAACGAAGUCGAGCACUACUAGCACGUUCAGAGACUCUCACAAGCGGGUACAGGGGGACAAGCGGUGAAUGCAUGUACACCGACCCACGCUCACGAAAAAAAACAGGAGACUGAUAUGAAGAUACCCGGACCAUCUCUUCCUAUUUAAACGUCGAAUGCUUGCGACUUCCAGCCGGAAUCACGACGGUCCUUGCGGGCUUGGUCACGGGCUUCCUUCUGGAUGCGCUCGGCUUCCUCGCCGAUCGCCUCGCCGACCUCUUCGACUGCAUCGCGCACUUGCUCAUAUUGACUGAUACCCUCUUCCAUGAGGCUUUCGGCGCCACGCUUCUUCGCGACGACGUCACGGCCCUUGCGACCGAGACCAGUGCGCUUUCCCGGCAAGAGUUCCUCUUCUACACCGAUGGCGAGGAUGUACUCCCCUUUGGGCCCAACCUUGGUGAUGCCGGUGGAGGUCACGCUGGAGAUCGAACUCGGUCCCGUGGGCGUAAAGACUGCUCGAAGGAACGUCAACGGAUCAGGCGAAGCGACGCGAGCACCGGCCGCCUUGCGAUUGAUGUCAUAUAUCACUCGGUCCGCUUGCUGGAACAUCGCCCCUAUCUGUUCCUCGAGAGUGCUGACAAACUGCUUCUCGAUAUAGCCUCGAAGUGCCGGGCGUGCGAAGAAGUUUCGGAUCGGAUGUUGUGA